AUGCGUGAGGAGCACGGGCGGGGCUCGCGCCGCCGUGAGGGCGGGACUGGGGGAGCCCUCAGAGCAGCUCACGGGCGCCGUGAGGGCGGGACCGGGGGAGCCCUCAGAGCAGCUCACGGGCGCCGUGAGGGCGGGACUGAGGGAGCCCUCAGAGCAGCUCACGGGCGCCGUGAGGGCGGGACUGAGGGAGCCCUCAGAGCAGCUCACGGGCGCCGUGAGGGCGGGACUGAGGGAGCCCUCAGAGCAGCUCACGGGCGCCGUGAGGGCGGGUCCGGGGAGCCCUCAGAGCAGCUCACGGGCGCCGUGAGGGCGGGUCCGGGGAGCCCUCAGAGCAGCUCACGGGCGCCGUACGCGUCACCACGAGCCCGACGGCGUUGUCCGAACGCUCCUGGAACUCUGUCAGCCUCGGGGCUGUGA